UGAAUAGUGUUCCGUGGUUUGUAUAGUGUAAGUGGGUGACACUUAUCCGCUCAGCUGGCAGGCUUCCGGGUCGGCAUCCCUCAAUAUAGCUGCAGGAUUAUGGGCUCUGAGAGUAGCUCCCUGCGAGGAUUCACGUUACAGGAUCCACCAUGGACUCAACCUUCUGGACUGACCAUCUACCCGGCUCUGUUGCCAGAGGGACGUCUCGCUUCUGUCUUCGUUUAUCAGCCUGAGAACCAGGACAAGGUGGAUAAGGCAGCAAAGCAUUUGAAAACCCUGCGUCACCCAUGUCUACUACGCUUCCUUUCUUGCAUGGUGGAAGAUGAUGGCAUCUACCUUGUCACAGAGCGGGUACAGCCCUUGGAGAUGCUAAUCCAGACUCUUUCAUCGGACGAGAUCUGCUCUGGCAUCUAUGAUAUAUUGCAGGCGCUGGUCUUCCUACACGAUCGGGGCAAAGUGUCUCACAACAACGUGUAUCUGUCUUCUGUGUUUGUAAGUGAAGAUGGACACUGGAAGCUGGGUGGAAUGGAGAUGGUGUGUCAACAGACCGAGGUGCCUCCAGAGUCUGCAGAGUAUGUAAUAAUUCCUAUUUCGCUUAGCCAUGCUCGAGAUGCCUUCUCUUUCGGCCGACUUGUCGAAACUCUACUGGUGCACGUGAAAGAGCAAACUGACGUGCUCUCCAAGUUUAAGGUCACCAUUAAGGAAUGUCUUCUGAAUCCAGAACCAGAGCUCCGACCAGCCUUAGCCACUUUAUUGUCUCAUGACUACUUUAGGAAUGAUUUUCUGGAAGUCGUAAACUUUUUGGACAGUUUAACUGUUAAAACUGAGGAAGAAAAGAAUGAAUUUUUUAAAUUCCUUCUAGAUAAAGUAUCAAACUUAUCAGAGGAGUUAAUUUCCUCAAGGCUGGUGCCGCUGUUACUGAAUCAGUUGGUGUUCGCUGAGCCUGUGGCAGUGAAAAACUUCUUGCCCCAUCUUCUGAGACCAAAACGAGAUAUUAUGGGACGAAACCGCGAAGAUUGUCUGCUAUCUCCAGCUCUGUUCCAGGCCAGAGUUAUACCUGUGCUGAUGAAAAUGUUUGAGAUCCACGAAGAGCAUGUCCGUGUAGUGUUGCUCACCCACAUUGAUGCUUAUGGAGAGCUCUUCACCUUAAAGGAGCUGAAGGACAUUAUUCUUCCACAGGUCCUCCUGGGCUUGAGAGAUACCAGUGAUUUAGUAGUCUCCGUGACACUCCGUGGCUUGGCAGCUAUGGUGUGUUUGCUUGGACCAGAAGCGGUCGUAGGUGGAGGAAGGGUGAAAAUCUUCAAAAGUACGACCCCAGGUUUUUCAAAAACCUCUGACACCCCAGAAGGUUCUCCAGUGCAUUCUGUAAAUAACCAGACGGCAGAGAACAACCUGUCAGCGGUAUUGUAUAGCAGCACUUUACCUGGAAUUGAGACAACCAACCAAACCACUUUCUUCAGCAAAAAUCUUCAUAUAAAAGAUGCAUUAUCAGCAGUAAAAAGAGACGAGCCUUUGCCUGUUAGGCCGCCUAUGAAUGGAGUUUCUGUGAUGCAAAAAACAAUAAUGACCGGCAGUGAUCUUGUAACUAAGCCACCUGAAGACUGGCCCGAUUGGAAUGAACCAGAAUUUGCCACUACACACCUGGCUGUGAAUAAACAAGGAACAUCAAGAGAUACAAACGUUAACAAUAAUGACCCGAAUAUUGAGCCAUGGGAUGACUUUAUUUUAUCCAAUGACCUUCCCAAAUCUGUAGCCACCAGCAGCUCAGAUUCUGGACAACUGUCCACUGCUGAAAGCCAUCUGCACACUUCUCAUCUAAACCCAGUCCAUAAAAUGGACAGCAAUAGCCGGCAUACUAAUAACGUGGCUCAGGCUAACAAAACUGUUUCUACUUCCAAUUCCCUUUCUGAAAAAUCCAUAGAUAAAAAACUUGAAGAGUUUAGUUUGGGAGAGGAAUUUACUAUAAAGGUCAAAAGUAAAAGUAAAGACCCUGAACUAGAUUGGUUUGCUGAUAUGAUCCCAGAAAUAACACCAACUUCAACUCUUUUUAAUUUGUCUGAUACGGAAUCAAAUAAAGAUUUAGAACACUGUGAAAAGAUUCAAAAAGAUGAAGAAAAUAUGGAUACAGUAAAUUCACGAACAAGCGCAUUUUCAUCCAAGUUUGCCGCUUCUGAGAAUACAGAGACUGUGGCAGAAGGUUGGGGUGAAGAGAAUGAUUUCAACUGGGAAGAAGAAGCAAAUAAUUGGUGAUCCUUCUGGGGCAAGCACUCUGGGCUAAUGACUGGAUAUGAUGAAAGAGUGAACUCACUCCCUUGGUGCUUUAUUAGCGGACUGCUUAGCACUUACAGGAAUACAGAGGAACGGCUUGCUGACUGUUUAUUUAUGAAGAAAAGAACUAUUUCAUUUGAUCAUCACAAUCCAUGAACUAAUUUGAAGGUGCUUUUCACCUGCAGAUUGUAAAGCCUAAAGUCAUACUUUUCAGAUCUCUACCUAAGAUGUCCUUUUUUUCUACUGCUGCUGAGUAGACAUGGACAGGGCUAAAGUUUUCUUUGUUGAGUCCUCCUCAGACUGAAUCUUUUAGUGCCCCGUUUGCCUGAGACUUCAUCAGCAACAGUAAUGUGCGCCCCGGCAAUAUAAUGGUGAAUGUGAGCUGUUGGAGAUAACUUUAUUUCUAUUUUAUGUUUAGUGGUGAGGAUGCUGGUCUUGUUCAGUAGCUGGAAGAUCAUAUUAAAACGGCUGAAGGAAACUGAACUAUUAAUAUUGAUCUGGAGUUUCAAAUUAAAAGGGACAUUAUACACAAAAAAUGGCAAACAUCCAUAACAAAGAACACUAUUUAAAAAAUAAAAUUGUCUGAAAAAAGAAAUGGGAAGUAACGCCAGAUUAAAUUUUAAUUUUAAGUGUUAUGUGCAUCCUACUGUUGCUCAUUGUAAUAAUUAGCCAGUGAGAAAUAGCACAACAUACCUGUCAAUCAGUGUGCAUUAAUAGGAAGUACCCAUUGGCCAGAAAGCAAUAAUUGGAAGGGGCCUAUCAGCCAGUGAGCAUUAGCUGGAAUUACUGGUUAGCCAGUGAGCAUUAGCUGAAAUUACCAAUCAGCCAGUGAGCAUUAGCUGAAAUUACCAAUCAGCCAGUGAGCAUUAGCUGAAAUUACCAAUCAGCCAGUGAGCAUUAGCUGCAAUUACCAAUCAGCCAGUGAGCAUUAGCUGAAAUUACCAGUCAGCCAGUGAGCAUUAGCUGAAAUUACCAAUCAGCCAGUGAGCAUUAGCUGCAAUUACCAAUCAGCCAGUGAGCAUUAGCUGAAAUUACCAGUCAGCCAGUGAGCAUUAGCUGAAAUUACCAAUCAGCCAGCGAGCAAGAAGUAGACGUGUGAAUUUGGAUCCUUUUUUAGGAUCCAAAUGUGGAAGAAGACGGCCACUCGUGGCUUUCAGCUCUUUUCUGAGCCAGAUGUAUUCUUGUGAAAGUGCAUGAAUUUGGACUUGCACUAGACUUAGGGUGUUGAACUUUCACAAGAAUAAAUCUUGCUCCUAAAAGAACAGACUGCCUUAAAGGGAUACUGAACCCAAUUUUUUUAUUUCCUGAUUCAGAUAGAGCAUGCGAUUUUUAAGCAUCUUUGGUUCAGCACCUGGGUAGUGCUUUCUCAUUGGUGGCUGCAUUUAGUCACCAAUCGUCAAGCACUACCCUGGUGCUGAACCAAAGAUGCUUAAAAAUCGCAUAAAGAUCCCAAGAGGACGAAGAAAAUUUGAUAAUAGAAGUAAAUUAGAAAGUUGCUAAACAUUGCAUUAUCUAUCGGAAUUAUGAAAGAAAAAAAUAGGGGUUCAGUAUCCCUUUAAGCGACCUCCUUCUGCAUUCGGAUCCUAACACAGGAUCCGAAUGCACAAGUUUAGUAAGAAGUGUACAACUGAUCCAUUCCUUUCCAUUCAAAUUGAAAGUAUUUAUACCAUGUUUUUUCAGGCAGAACAUUUUUAUAUUUAAGUGCUGCCAUUUCAUUUAAAUGAUGAUAAAGUGAAUUUUGUAUUAUCACAGUUCAUGGUGUCCUAAUAGGUUUGACCAUAUUUGUAGGAAAUAGUUGGUUAAUAGAGAACUGUCAUUUUAAAAUGAGGUAGAUUGUUUAAAACAAAAUAUGUAUUGAUUUUAUUUUUUAGCUUUUGUUUUACCAUUGGAAGGAUGCCAGCAUUUAACUUCAUAGAUAUGAUGCUGUAGGUUCCACGUUUGGUUGGAGGCAAAUUUAAGAACCUCAGUAAAAUAAGGUUUAUAAUGUAUCUUAUGAUCUUUUCGACAGUUUUAUACAAAAACUGACCACAGGUGCAGGAAUUAAAGCAGCACUAUAGGGGAACUAAUUUAUUUUAAAAUAAAAAAUAUUGUGCCAUAAUUUUAUAAUUAUACAGUUCUUAUAAUAUUCAGUAGAAAUGUGCAUUUAGCAAUUUUGUUCACAGCCAAAUGCGGAAGUAAGCGGCCAUUAACAGCAUUCAAAUAUUUUCAGAGCCGUUGUUCUAUUGAGAACUACAAUACAUCGAAAACUCCAAUCAAACGUCACUUCCGGUGAUUCCACACAUCUGAUUGCUCCGUGUCUCAGUGAGUGACAGGAUUCACAACCAAUCAGAUGGAACUGUAAUCGCCUAUCUUCACUAUCUAUUUUGCCUCUGCCUGGGGGGGGUUCAAGGGGGACAACACCUCAUUCCCCAAGGUUUACUUGGGGUGUAUGCCAGAGGAUCGGCCGUGCGCCCCCCAGGACAGGCAAAAACAGAUAGUGAAAAUCGUAGAGUCACCGGAAGUGACGUCAGAUUGGAGUUUGAGGAAUUGGAGGUCUCAACAGAACCCCGUAUUUCUUCUAGCGAAAGUCCAGCAAACUAAGAUCUGAAUUCGCACAGAUCUUAGUGUAUUACAUUUUAACAAGAAGAAAUCUGGCUCCCAAAGGAUCCAAAUGCUGCGAACAGCCGCCACCUUCCCCAUUCAGCAGCCAAGGAAUCUGCUGAAUGCGCGUGUCUAAUAUUCAGUGACAAAAACUUAUGAUAAAUUUUGAGUUCCAAUCAAUUGGUGUGUAGUUUGAUUUCCACUUUUUUAUACAAGCUACAAGUAAUAACUGCAGAUGCUCGCAGCUCUCCAGGUUAUAGCACUGUAUAGACUACAACUCCCACAAACCUCUGCUGCAAAAUAACUACUGAAUAUGUCUUCACUUUGUUCAGCAGUUUAAGCGCCCAGUUCAAUGGUGGGUGUUGUCUUAUGUCAACUUUUAAAUACAUACUACAGGUAAGUGCUUCAGGCACUCACUAACCUCAGGGUUACAGUAUUGUAAAGAUCAACAAUCUGGGACUACAAUUCCCAGAAACCUGUGCUGCAAAAUUACUACUUAGCAUGUCUAAUUUUUUCAUUAGUUUUGAUUUUGGUGAGGGUGCUAAAGUAUGUCAAAAUUAGGGACCUAAAAUCUUAGUAACCAUUACUAGUUUUUUAACCAAGUGUAAGAAGCUUAUACUAGACAAUAAAAUCUGUAUGCAUACCAGAUUCCUAUAGAUCGGUUCAGCUAAAAGAUUUGAUUCAAGGUUUCAGCAUGUCCCAUUACUGAGGGUGCCGACAACUUCAAAGUUUAAAGAAAUUUGCUCACACAAGCAGCAGUCCACAAACUUAAAUUAUAACUGCACGGAAUAUAGUAUAUAUAAUAAAUAUGUAUUUAUGCUGUCAUCACUUAAGGUGAUAGUUCUCUGUUUGGAAGAAUAAUAUAACAAUGAUUAUGGGUGUGAAUUUGACAUUGUAACACUUUUUUUUGUUAAUGUAUAUGUUACAGAAAAGAAAAACUAAAUGCACUCUGCUGUUAUUUACCAGUAUUGCCUUAAAUUAUUAUCACUACCAUUUUGUUUUGGAGGGGGGUUGGGGAUAUUUGUUAAUUUAUGUUUUAAUCUACGAAAUGCUUUCACUCUAUUAACUGAAAUGUGAACUUCAGAAAUACUUUUCAAUUGGGUGCCAAAUGUCUCACUGCGCAUAUUAUCCAAUUGCUGAUUAUUUUGGUUCAGCAGCACCUGGAUAGCGCUUGCUGAUUGGUAUCUAAAUGUAGCUACUAAUCAGCAAGCGCUACCCAGGUUCUGAACCAAAAAUGGGCCGGUUCCUAAGCUUCCAUUCUUGCUUUUUCAAAUUAAAGAAACCAAGAUAACAAAGAAAAAUUGAUAACAGGAGUAAAUUAGAAAGUUGCAUAAAAAUGCAUCGCUAUCUGAAUCCUAGACUAUCCCUUUAAAGGAUCAUGAAACCCAAAUGUGUUUUUUCAUAAUCCAGAUAGAACAUGCAAUUUUAAACAAAUUUCCACUUUACUUCUAUUAUCUAAUUUACUUUGUUCUCUUAGUAUCCUGUGUUAAAAGGCAUACUUAGGUAGGCUCAGGAGCAGCAAUGCACUACUAGAAUUUAGCUGCUGAUUGGUGACUUUAAAUUACAUGCCUCUUGUCAUUGGCUCAACUAAUGAUUUUAGUUCCCAGUAGUACAUGACUGCUCCUUCAACAAAGGAUACCAAUAGAAUGAAGCACAUUUGGUUAUAGAAGUACAUUGGAAAGUUGUUUAAAACUGUUUGAUCUGUCUGAAUCAAGAAAGAAACCAUUAGGUCUCUAAACCUGAAGCUAAACUAACUAAUUAUAGUGCAGUGCAUGGCUGCAAGGGUAUCAGAACACAGGGAUAACGGCACAUAACGAGCAGCACAGCCCCUGCACAUGCUCACCCAAUCAGUUACAUCACAGGUCACAUGAGCAGGAGACAGGCCCGCCCACUGGAGAUAUAUGUGUAGCUCUGUAUUCACAUGGCAUUACAUGAUAAAAAGCUGCUUUAGUUACACAGGACAAGUGCAAAAUCUUUCAAUACGUCCUUAAAGGGGCAUAGAAGUCAGUAGUAUGCUGGGGCUCUUUAACACAUACUAUUGCAAUUAAAAGUAACUAGAGAAAACAAAUUGAGCGAUGUACAGUAGCUGAGUGGGAGGUGUAUGCUCUAUACCCAGAUCAUACUUCCCUAUCGGCAUCUGCAGUAGUGCUGGUUGUGGUGUUAUUAGAAAGCCAAUGUAGCUGCAUUAGGUUUGCAGUUCAUGAUUAGUAAGAUUUACUUAAAGGGACACUGAACCCCAAUUUUUUCUUGUGUGAUUCAGAUAGAGCAUGAAAUUUUAAGCAACUUUCUAAUUUACUCCUAUUAUCAAAUUGUCUUCAUUCUAUUGGUAUCUUUAUUUGAAAUGCAAUAAUGUAAGUUUAGAUGCCGGCCCAUUUUUAGUGAACAACCUGGGUUGUUCUUGCUGAUUGGUGGAUAAAUGCAUCCACCAAUAAAAAAGUGCUGUCCAGAGCCCUGAACCAAAAAAGAAGCUUAGAUGCCUUCUUUUACAAAUAAAGAUAGCAAAAGAACAAAGAAAAAUUGAUACUAGGAGUAAAUUAGAAAGUUGCUUAAAAUUGCAUGCUCUAUCUGAAUCAUGAAAGAAAAAAUUUGUGUUCAGUGUCCCUUUAAAGAAAUGGGCCGGCUCCUGCGCUUACAUCACUGCUUUUCAACAAAAGAUGCCAAAAGAACAAGAAAAAUUGCUAAUAGAAGUAAAUUAGAACUUUGUUUAAAAUCACAUUCUCCACCUGAGUCAUGAAAGAUAAAUUUGGGGUUUUAUAUCCCUUUAAGCAUUUAUCAUCUUACUUAUAAUUUAUAGUUUAAAGAAAGAUUAACAUUCCCUGUUUGUUAAUCUAGUAAAUCUGAUUUCUUAUACGAUUCCAACAUAAGUAAACCAUUUUUGUGUAUGGCAAAACUGGAUCUAUUUAUGGGAAAAAGCAAGAGGUUUGUUUAUUCAUUUCUUUAUUGUUUUUUAUAAAAUAACAUGAACUGAACGGUUUUGAAAAGUUUAGCCAUUUGUUCUGCUUUAAUUAAAGGACCAUGCUAAAUGCAGACAAACUGCUGCCAUCUAGUGGUCUUGCUGAUGUAUUACAUUUUUGCAAAACUAUUGCUACAUAAUAAGUUUUACCUUUCUAAAACAGAAAUUUGAUAACAGAAGUACUUUGGAAAGUUGUUUAAAAUUGCUUGCCCUAUCUAAAUCAUCAUAGAACAAUUUCUGGUUUUAUGUCUCCUUUUAAAAGUAAAGUAAUUGUACCCUGUCCCUUAACCAUCACCAUAACCUAUGACCUGCUCCAGCUUGUGAGGGUCAAAGUUCAUAUCGCCAUAAAACCAUAUUGGCGAGUGGGCGGUACUUUUAUUUUCUUUAUUAUAAAUAAGACCAGCCUGAAAAGUAAACAUUAUAAAUGGUGUUUCUUUUUAGAUUUUAGAAUUUCAUAUUUUUAAAAUAUUUAACAAGGUCACAUUUGCCAAAAACUUUGUAUAAAACUCUGCACUUAAUACAACUUUUGUGUUAGCUAAUAACUAAAACAGAGUGGGUUUUCCAAAAGGCCUAGUUUUAAUGAGACUUGAUGAUAUCCUUGCUUGGGCACAAGUGAAUAAUUAAAAAUGACAGUCAUUGGUUAAACCACCUAUGCUUUGUAAUUUAUUGGAAUCCUAGGUGGUUGCACUUUUUCCCCCAAAACACUUAAUUUGGAUUACAUUGGUAACACUUGUGAUUAAAGAUUUGUGUGCUAAAUGUAUAUAUGAAAAGUAACUACUGAUAAGGUGAAGUGUGUUCCCACCUUCUGAAAAUAAUAAAGAUUUGUUUUGUUUUUUUCCUGGCA